GCCCUAUGGUAUAGUACUUGAAUGCUAUUAAAUUUUUGCAUUGUAGUGUCGUGUCGUGUACUAUAGAUAAAGGAUGGAUAUGUAUGUUUCUUGUUUAAACGGACGGCAAUAAUAUUCAACACAGAGGACGACUCGCUCGCAAUGGUGCUAUGGGCUGUACAACAGGGUUCUGGGCCAUCCGCCGGGCUGCUCGAAACCACAGCUGACAAGAAACUGGUGAAUAACACAGACUGCACGAUUGUGCAAAAAGUCGCUAAGACGGUAAUAGGAAAACCGCCGUCUCCAAGGAGAUCACCGCAUAAGUCACCGUCCAAGCCCAUUGCCUCUAAAGUUCGGCGCGAUAGAGAUAAGGCGAAAAGACAAGGGCAACUGAUAGAAACUGGGGUCACGCGGAGCGGCCCGAGUGUGGUUUUCAAGGGGUUUUCAGACAACAAGAAUUUGCAACCAAUAGGAUUAACGUUCGAGCCCGACAUCUUAGCAGGCCCAGAAGCAGAGUACGUGCUCGGCAUUACAUCCAAGGUUCCAUCAGAGAAGCGUUCGCCGUGGUCGACGGAGGGGCUUGGCGGCAGAUAUCAGAAGGCUUACUACAUCAAUGACGAGCAGGUGACACAUAUCCAGGCAUGUGGCUACAAUUGGAACCCCCGCCGGAUGAAACAUCAGACGGUAACCAAUCCGACACCAGAAGAAGAUCCGGGCCAAACCCUACUCACGUCCAAUGCUGUGCGAGGAUUCCCAAUGGAGACAUUGACAGAACGUGUUCAGCGCUUGUGUCCUGUGGUUCCAGGCCAUAGAGCGCAGUUGCUAGCAAUGCAAGUGAACUGGAUGAAAGGCUCGGAUUUUCCCUCGCACAAAGAUCUGCCCGAUAAAGAGGGAUGGGGUGAUAUCAUAGCCGCCAUUUCACUAGGCAGUGGAGGGGAUCUUGUCAUCAAAGAUCCAGUCACCGAGCAAGCGUGGACGAUGCAUGUGAACACAGGUAUAGCGAAUAUGUAA